AUGACUUACAACAUGCCUAAAGCUGAUUUCAAAAAUAGCCAUACGGCUUGCUUAAACUGUAAAUAUACUGUUCUGGAAAACUCUGAGAAGAAUCAUGAUUCAUUUCUCUUGAAGAAGUCGAUAAAGAGAUUCGGACCAGAAAUCAAUAACGAAUUAUCUAAUUUGAAUCUGAAUAAAGAAUCCCGGUACAUUGGUGAAGUACCAACUAAAAAUGAAUUUCCGGAAGUGAAAUAUGAAGCAAACUAUUUGAACAGCAGACGAACCGGAAAUCGUAAACGGAAAUCUUCAAUUUUUACAACCGUUAGUCCUGUUCAUGAUUUUCUGGCCCUGCUUAGAAUCAAAUCAUCACAGUAUCCAGAUCGUUUGACAAAUACUACUCUUAACGUGGAUGGCGCAUACAGACAAGUGGAACAGGGACUGUCACAUUUACGUCAGACUUGCUGGUAG